GGAUAUAAAUAUUCGAUAGGAAACGUAGUUAAUGAUAUUUCAGAAUGAGAAGAUGUAUAAUAUUUUUUAAAUAUAAUUUCACACACAUAAUUAAAUAACAAAACUUUCUUUUUUACGAUGAAGGCAAGAACACACUGUGCAUGAGUAUUGCAUGUGAUGGUGGAAAUAAAUUAUAUAAAGCCGAAAAUUGUACAGUUCCACUGACUCCAUAUUGUUCCAAUAAUAAAACAGCAGGUACAGCAGGGACUUGGAAUGUUAGUAAUGCUAUGUGUUUGAAAGAAAACGGUUAUUUAGAUGGCGAAGCAAAUUUAGAUGACCCAACGGGAAAAUGCAAUGAGAUUAGGGCUCGAUUUCCAACUACUUACCUCUUUUGGAUUGGCAUUCGCAGACAAGUGUACAAAACUGCCGAUAAAGGGUACCCAACUGAAUCCAAUUCUUUGACAGAAUGUGAGUUUUUAAACGGAAGGGAUUUUUCAACGAUGCAGACAAACAACUGCAAAAAGAAAUACUAUGCUGUUUGUCUGGUACCAAACAAUAUUAGUAAUAUCAGCAAUGCAGAUCAGACAGCUAGGGAGGAAAGAGAAAAUAAUGUUACAGAUGAUGUUGGUCCUUUGGUUGGCGGGGUAUUUGGCGGACUGUUUCUAAUUGCAGGUGUUAUUCUCCUGACAAUCAUUGUCAUAAGAAGACAUCAAAAAGGGAAAAGAGAAGAUCAGAGCACCCUAAAGUUCGAAAGUGAAAACCACACAUCCAUCAGUGAACUAAAGGAUAAUCAAUCAACUGAUAAUGACAGGUACCCUGAAAUGAAUAGCAAUGACAUCAAAGAAGAAACAUAUUACAAAAGCCAAGAUGAUUAUGAUAUUCUUGGUAAAAGACGAUCAAAAAUAAAAGGAACUCGGUCUGAAAAUAUCUAUAAUCACGCUGAGAGUACCACCAACCAAAAUCAUUAUGCAAGUGCUGCUCAAGUUUCAAAAAGGAUUUCUGGAGAAGAUUUGUAUGAUCAUACGAACAACAGUGCAUAUGGAACUGUAUCAGAGAUAGACAAUGGUAAUAUGUAUAGCGAAAGCUGACCAUUAUAGUAGUUAUCCCCCUUAGCUUAAACACAGAUCUCAUUAUUUGUUUAAAGAAAUCGUCCAUCCUAAUAAAGACAUGCAUAAUUUUGUUGAUGAGUAUACAAAGACAUUCAUUUCUCACUGAAAUCCAUGCCACGCUGUGCCAUUGAAAAUGAAUCGUUAAAUUGACAUAUAAAGUUUACAGGUUAAAUAUACCUUGAUACUUCACUGAAAAAAAUUUACAAUAACAUAUAUGCCCAAAAUGAUCUAACCUGUUUACAUUAAAUACUAUAUGUAUUGUUUCAUUUGUAUAACAUAUGAAUCUUUUAAAAGUAGGUGUUUACAUAUUUCUUCAAAUCCAGGAGUGACUAUUAUUACAAUUUUCAAUCUGUCAAUU